AUGGCCAACGCUGGGCGUUUCCGAGACACCACGCCCGAUAUGCGCGCUGCGGGCAUUGCCAACAGGUCCAUUGGCAACGAGUUGCGACACACCAUGAACCAUGAUCGCUCAAGUCGGCCCGAGACGCCUGAUCGUGUCCGUGAAUUUCAGCGCUACAAUGCGGGCCAAGUCGGCCAACGCCGACCCUAUCGCUCCGAUGUGGGUGGCGACGUGACUCAACGCAUCCUCGGCGUGCCCUCCGGAACCCCAAGUGAUCUCUCGGUGCCAGACACGCUCAAGAUGCAGAAACACGCACUGCAAGAGGUUCUUGACCAACAGCAAGCACAGCAAGGCCGCCGAAACCUGCCUUCCGCUGCCAACCCGGACAGCACAUUUGGCAUCGCCACGGUCAAGUUGGGCAGCGUCGCCGAGUGCUUCCGCGAUGAGACACCAUCCGAAGUGCGGCCCGAGCACCUUGCUGGCUCGCUCCGCCUCCGUGGCGAGGCGGAGCCUGGCACUCAAGUCCGCCGCAAUUACGACAGCAGCAGUUUUUCCAUGGACAAGGCUUAUGGUACACCCACACCCAAUGACCGCCGUGGGAUUCACGUGCGCACAGCCCUCACCUGGGACCAUCCUCUGGAAGCCGAGCCGUCUCGCAUUGAUCCAAGCACAACUGAGCCCUUGGGCCUUCCUUUGCCUGUCGACAGCCAUCGUCUGGUGGACGUGCUUCACCCGGAUAAAAGCAGCCAUCAACGCAUGUUGUCACAAGAAGCCGUGGCUCGUGAUCUUCGCCCCAAGCUCAUGUGCCAGGGUUUUCGCAAUGUCACGGCUUUGCAAGCGGCACUUGACGCCGCCACGGCACAGCACCAGAGUGGUCACCAGCUGACGCGCGCCGAGGCUCAGCGUGUGCUGGAGGCACAGCAAGUCUGGCUCGAGGCCAAGGAUAUUGAGCGGUUGUUUGCGGCCGUGGCCAUCCCCAGUGCUGAUGGAACCGAGCUCGUGGACGUCGACGAGCUCGUCGAUGUCCUAGACUGGCGCCAGCCUGUAUGCGAUGGCAAUGGCCAAGAUGCAACCCAGCGCCGGCAAGCACACGAGACAGCAGAUCGCAUUUUUGGCGUCCCCUCCAUCCGUACUGACCGCCAGCCGCCCCGGCGCAUGCCUGUCGACAAUGUUACGGUCAGUCCUGCGUCCACGGGCCGGUUUGGAGAGAGCGGGGGUCUGGCCCACCUGAAUGCGAUGCUGAUCGACUCUUGGCCGCAUGCUUUGCUGACAAAUCCACAGAAUUAUGGAGACCCUACGACGAGCCGGACGCUGCUCAUCCCAGAUCGCUACACGUUGCAGGGCAUUCCGGACCGUGAGUUGAGCCGUGAUCGUAGCCUGGAAGAUAUCGCCCAACUCAUGAGUGCAGCCGAGAUUCGUGUCGGUUCGGACACCCUGGAGAGUGCGUAUGCGACAGUGGCUGCCAACUACAAUGGCCACGUGAGCCUACGCUCGCUGCUCCACCAGCUCAACACCUCUGGGCGCCAAAAAAAGUAG